AUACGGUCAGUUCCGGUCCACUGGCUGCAGACCAGAAGGACGUAGGUCACCUUCCAGUACAGAAUCAUCAAGCUUUCCGAAUCCUUCUGCAGCGCGGACUGCUGGCUUGUCAGUGCACAUGAAAUGUCCUCGACGAACCGAGGUAGGUCCGCUCCUCUCACAUACUCUUCCAUGUACUGUGUUAUUUAAGACCGCCUGUGGCACCAUCGAUUGUCCAACUCUGUCCGGCGACCCAUCAUGCAAAUCAAAGAUCGCACUUUCAUUGUGAGCGGUGGCUCUAGCGGCCUUGGGCUGGCUACCACCAUCCUCUUCCUCCAAAACGGUGCCAAUGUUUCGAUCCUUGACCUCAAUCCUCCUCCUUUCGAUGCUUCCUCUCAAAUCGACACGUCUAGGAUACUCUUCAACAAGACCAAUGUUUCCUCCACCGAAUCAUUGCAAGCGGCGUUGAAGAGCACAUUGAAAUGGACGCAAGAAACGAAUAAGCCGUUGUCUGGCGCAGUCUGCUCUGCAGGUAUUGGGACGGCUGCGCUAGCUCUUCCCAAACAAGACAGUUCAGCGACGCAUGAGACUGUGAAGUAUAUGGACAUGCCACUGUUCGAUCGAACACUGGCAAUCAACCUACGGGGCACGGUAGAUCUCAUCCGCCUGACGCUACCCCAUAUGGCUCUAAAUGAACCCUGGGGUCCCGACGGUGAGCGAGGUAUCAUCGUUGUGGUCUCCUCGGUUGCAGCAUUCGAAGGUCAGAUUGGUCAGUUGGCGUACAGCGCAAGCAAAGGCGCCGUGCGGAGCAUCGUCUUGCCACUGGCACGAGAACUCGGUCAGAAGGCUGGCAUUCGCGUCAUGGGAAUUGCACCUGGCGUCUUUCAAACCGGAAUGACUGUACCACCGAAGAAGAAAACAUCAGCGCCAGCCAAGAAGGAGGGUGUCGAGGGUAAGUCGAAAGGUGCCACUGGCUCUCGCGCGUCAAUGAGUACUGAGAUGAUUCAAUAUCCGACACGAAUGGGACAAGGGGAUGAGUUUGCACGACUGGUGAAGGAAAUCGUCGAAAACCCAAUGCUCAACGGUGGAGUCAUACGGCUUGAUGGUGCGGUCAGAAUGCCGAGUAGGCUCUGAAGUGUUGAUUCCUUCUUACAGACACUGUUCAGGGCUCAUAAGGAGGUUGGGUGCCACUUUGGACGUGACUGUGCCAGUGGUCGUGCUCUCAAUAACGAUUGUACUAUCAAUCGCUGGGGUGGCCAGAGAUAUUUUCGGCUUGUUACGACCUGACCACGACACAUCAAUGAGCGUAAAGCAUAUGUUGCCAUAAUAGAAUGAUGUACAAAACGGUAUAAAUUUCAAGAAUAAUCAUAAUCAUAUUCAGGGUGUCAGGUCCACUACCAGCC